UCGUGGGCUUUGGGCCUCUUUCGAUACCUCUAUGUCGUGGGCAACAGCACGUCUAUCCGAGUGCGGCGCGUGCAGCAGCAGCUGUUGUGGCCAGCAACAACAACAGGGACCACAUCGGCAUCACCAUCCUCGAAGUAGGAGCACUGGAAGCAGCAGCAGCAGCAGCAGUGAACGGAAAGGAAAGUAAAGGAAGGGAGGAGGAGCGGGCUUAAGAGGAAGUGCUGAAACGGCGCGUUUAUGUAAAGGAAGGAGAAGAACAAGGUGAAAUUUGAGCCACAUAAGAGGAAUAGUUUAUCAAAAAUACAAUAGAUUAAAGAGCAGCAAAUGAACAAACGAUUGAAUUGAAUUGAAUUGAAUUGCAUUGAAGAGUGUUUUCCCCUUGAACAAUGUGACAAUAAAUUAGCCGUAACCUGCACCUUGUUAUUAGCACCUGGAUCCUAGUGGAUUAUACAUACACACAUACUCGUAUUUGCUGCUCGAAACCGUUAUUUUGUGGAUUGUACUGGCGCUGGCUUGGAAGCCCAGAUUAAAAAAAAACCGUUAAAAGCCAAACAGCUAGUAAUCAAAGUUAAUUUACCAAUACAAAGGCAUUGGAUGCUGCAUGCCUAAACCCACCAUACACAAGUAUCAACGGGCACAACGUGUCGAGAACACGUAAAUUCUAUUUACGCAAAUAAUACUAAAGAAAGCAACAAAAAGAGAAAAGAAGAGACGAAUAAAAAGAAUAAGAGGCUGCGAGCGCCAGAAAGUAGGCAACAGAAGCCACAGCAGAGCAGCAGCAGCGGAGCAGCGCAAACAGGAUACUUAAAAUAUACACACGCACUUUCAGCCACACAAAAAACUCAUACACCCACAUACAUAUACUGUCGUCCUGGUGCCUGCUCAACGUCAACUAAAAUUGUAUUGCCUCUGUCUGUGUGAGUUCAUAUUUUUGGACUGCCUCUCGCACAUGCCCUUGCCCUAGCCCUUGCUCCUCACCCCCCGCCACCCAGCCACACAGCCACACAGCCACCCAGCCACCCAGCCAACCGAAACAACUUGUGAGCAAAGCACGAAAUAAAUAUAAAAUAGACCCGAAACAACAACAGUCACUGCUGCGCGCUGCCGCUGAGGUGUUUUGGCCCGAGGCGAGGCGACGGGCGCAAAGCAAACACCAGAAAAAAGAUACAGAAGAAAGAUGCCCGAAUGCUGGACAGAGAUUGAUGCUGGCUGCCGCCGACGUACAGCAACAACGACAACAACAACAACAAUACCAACGACAGAGAGAGAGACAACCGACAGCAAUUGAGAAAUCUUAAACGAUUAAGCCCUGAACGCACUCGAACAUGAAUAAACAAUUCCUGAGCGUCUCCCAGGAGCAGCAUCCGCACUCGGCCGACGACCAGCGCAGUCGCUCGCGCUCGGAGCGUGCCGCCAGCCUGGCGCUGCCCCUCAACUCUCUGCUGGACUUUUACGACAAGCAGCAGGAGCAGUGCAAGUCCGUCACACUGCUGCCACUGCCCAGCUCCAACCACAGCAGCCAAAGCAGCAGCACCAGCAGCAUCGUGCGACGCCACUCCUCCCACUAUUACCCCAUGCUCGAGGAUAAGCAGAAGCCGUCGCAGCUAGGCUCCAACGGGGGCAACGAAAGGCUGGUUACCAUGACGGACCUCAAAUAUGGCAAGUCAGCGCCAAUGGGGGCUAUUGGGGCAGCCAAGCAGCAGCAGCUGGUACGUGUGGACACGCCAGUCACGCCACCGCCGCCCAUCCCGCGUCGCAUGCUGCGAGGCAAGUCUGGCUGGCAGCCGGGCCCAGCCGGACAGGAAGGCGCCCACGGCAUUGGGACAGUGUUUGUUUAUCCGCAGCCAGCAAACGUGACCACAGAGGCAGCCGGGCUGCAAUCAGCACUUCUUGUUGACAUAGCCACACGUCCGGCGCACGGAUAUUCGGAUGCCGAUGGUAUUUCCGAUGACGACCGCAUGAGCCUGGAGAACUCCGUGUUCGAUGAGUCGCUGACCUCCACACCUGUCAAGGUCGCUGGCUACCAUGCCAACCGCUACGCCGGGCUGGGCAACAUGGCCAAGCGGGCCCAGCGCUCCUCCAGCAGCACCGUCGACUCCGCCUACGGCUCCUCGGGAGGGCACAGCGAGCGCUUUGCAUCCAGCUCGACCAGCGUCGACUUUCGCAGCCGGUUCUCCUCGGUGGACACACAGUCCUCCCUCGACGAGAAGCCCUCGUCCAUCCCCAUUGACUCCCCCCUGGCCAAGGAUACGUUCCGGCUGGAGCGCGACCGGGAGAGAGCCGUCGUCAACGAUGCCAUGCACAAGCUCAACAACAACAAUCCCAGCCUCGGCCUCGGUGUCGAGUUGGCCAGCAACAACAAUGUCGUCGCCAACAGCAGCAAGCUACCGACGGUGCCGGCCCGAAAGCAGCCACCAGUCAAGAUUGCGCCUCCCAUCAGCAGCGGCAGCGGCAGCGGCAACAGCAACAGCAACAGCUCCGAGUCGAAUAAGGAAACCAGCAGCGUGUCUGCAUCGGCCUCCACCUCGUCGGCAGCUUCGGCUGGCUCCAGCACCAUCUCCAGCGGCACCAUGUCGUCCAUGUCGCUGGGCUUGGGCAUGGCUCCCGUGCCCGCUCCAGCUCCGGCUCUAGCUGCAGCUGCAGCUGCUGGCAAUCAGAAAGCCAUCAGCCAAAAACGUCCAGGGCCACCGGAGCCGCCGCAGCGAAUGAACAGCUCGUUUGAUUCCGUGGAUAGUACUCCCAGGGUUCACGCGGCACCGCCCUUGACCGUGCGCAACAAAUUGCGAAGCAACAAGCCGCCGCCCAUUGUCUACCCGAAGCUGCAGCAGCGCCAGGACUCAACCUUGUCCAGCGACAGCUACUCCAUCAGCUCCAGUCCCGGCUACAACUCGAAGCUUAUGGAGGUGCCGCUUCUGCCCUUGGCAUCAUCGAGUCAGAGCGGUCGCAAGGGCAACAAUCCGGGCAUGGCCCAGCGCCAGCAGACGCCACUAAUGGACCUGGCACCCACACGCUUCAGCAAGCUGCUUCCGGCAGUGCCGCCGCCGCGGGGAAAGAUCAAUUUCCGCCAGGACUCGACCAUUUCUAGCGAUAGUUUCAGCCAGACUUCCAGCCCCGGCUACAAUUCGAAACUCAUGGAAGCCCCACUUCUGCCCUCCUUGUCGGCAAAGCGACUGUGCAGCGCCCCGGCUCCGAUUGUCUGCCGCCAGGGAGUGCAACACGAGCCCAUCGAGGAGCUGGAGCCCCCGCAGACGCUGUCGCCCCUCAACAAGACGAGUGCUCCGCCCAGCAGCUUGCAGACCAUUGUGCGCUUUCAGAAUGGAGCACCCCACACCAUGUCCUUGCAACAUCAGAUCAUCAAUCGACGCAAGAGCUCCAAUCCGUACAUCACCAACGGACGCUUGAAGUUCCGCCUGUUCCAGAUACUGAUCAACGCCUUUGCUCUGCUGGCCAUUGCUGGUGGAUUGGCCGCGUACUUCAACGCCUAUCCGACCAUCAAGUUCGUGAAUAAGACCAUCAUCAACACCAUCCAUGUGGAGGAGAACUCGAGCUUUGGCAAGAACCCCGCCCCCGGCACCUGUCUGCCCAUCAUCGUGCGCUUCUGUCAGGGCCCGCAGAUACCCUACAACUACACGGUCUUCCCCAACUACAUCGGUCACUUUGGUCAGCUGGAGACGCAAGUGGACCUGGACUCUUACGAGGCUCUUGUGGACGUCCGCUGCUAUGAGCUGGUCUCCCUGUUCCUGUGCACCCUCUUCGUGCCCAAGUGUGGUCAGAGUGGUGCCACAGUGCCGCCGUGCAAGACGCUCUGCACUGAGACAAUGCGCCGAUGCGGGUUCUUCUUCGACGUGUUCGGGCUGAGUCUUCCCGAGUAUCUGAACUGCAAGCUCUUUAAGGACUUCCCCAGCUCCGAGGACUGCGUGGGUCUGGAGGAGGUGCGUGACGUUAUGAUAGCGGCCUCUAAUCCCAGGUGCGAUGGCUUUCAGUGCGACCAGAACCGCUGCCUGCCGAUGGAAUACGUCUGCGAUGGACACUUGGAUUGCAUGGACCAGACCGACGAGGGAAGCUGCGACCGGUGUGGCGUGGACGAGAUCUACUGUGGAGACAACCAGUGUAUUGCAAUCAAGCACAUCUGCGAUGGUAUCAUCGACUGUCCGUACGGCCAGGAUGAGCGUAAUUGCCUGAGGCUGAGUGAGCGGAAUGGGGAUGUGGGCGCAGGGGUUCUGGAGGUCUACCGCAUCGGACAGCGCCAGUGGAUGCCCGCCUGCGUAAAGAACUGGGACCGGGCCGUCUCACCCAGCGCCGUGUGCUCCAUUCUUGGCUACUCGGCCGUGAACGCCACCAGUGUCCUAACUCAGCGAACACACCGUCCGCUACUGGCCUCGGUUAACGUCUCCACCGACAUCUGGAAGAUGUACGCCAAGCGGCGCUCCACCCUGAUGCAGGAGUUCGCCAACUGCAAAAAGACCGAGGACUAUCCCAUGGCCGAGCUAACGUGCUCCAACUAUGAGUGCGGCAGGGUGAAACGUGGACGCCACAAGCCCUCCAGGCGGAUCAUUGGAGGCAGCCAGGCCAAUCCCGGCAACUGGCCCUUCCUCGCCGCUAUUCUGGGCGGGCCCGAGAAGAUCUUCUACUGCGCCGGCGUCCUCAUAUCUGAUCAGUGGGUGCUCACCGCCUCCCACUGCGUGGGCAAUUACACCGUCAUCGAUCUGGAGGACUGGACCAUUCAGCUGGGCGUGACGCGCCGCAACUCCUUCACAUACACGGGCCAGAAGGUCAAGGUAAAGGCUGUCAUUCCCCAUCCGCAGUACAACAUGGCUAUUGCCCACGACAACGACAUUGCCCUGUUCCAGUUGGCCACGCGUGUUUCCUUCCACGAGCAUCUGUUGCCCGUUUGCCUGCCGCCACCAAGCGUGAGGAAUCUCCACUCCGGCACCCUCUGCACCGUCAUCGGAUGGGGCAAGCGCGAGGAAAAGGACCCCAAGUCAACCUACGAGUUCAUAGUCAAUGAGGUGCAGGUGCCCAUUAUCACGCGCAACCAGUGCGACGAGUGGCUCGACAAUCUGACCGUCUCGGAGGGCAUGGUAUGCGCAGGCUUUGAUGAUGGCGGCAAGGAUGCCUGUCAGGGUGACUCGGGUGGUCCGCUGCUCUGUCCGUAUCCGGGCGAAAAGGACCGCUGGUUUGUCGGCGGCAUUGUGUCGUGGGGCAUAAUGUGUGCCCACCCAAAGCUGCCCGGUGUUUACGCGAACGUGGUGCAGUAUGUGCCCUGGAUCCAGGAGCAGAUGCAAAAGCAUGCACGACCUAUCGGCGAGGAGCGCAUCAACAAAUAUGAUUUGCAUCCGGGCGGACCUGACAUGCUUUCCAAAAUAGCCACGGAUCCCUCGCGAAACGGGAAGCCCUAUUACUACACCCACGGCAAGGUCAUGACCCAUGACUAAACACAGACAUAGAUUUAACAGAAGUAAUGUAUAUGAUGGGAUAAGGAGAGAGAUGAGAUGCAGGAGAGACAUCAGUGGACAGACGCAGCAAAUACUUGAAUACAGCAUUUGUGCUUACAGCAUUGCAAAAAGUACACAAAAUAGAGUUCCAGAAACCGGAAACACCCAGAUCAGAGGUGCUCAAUGUGGCGAGCGAUGGAUAGGAUAUAUUUUGCUACUGAACUUACGGUAUUUUGGCGGAUCUCGACGCGUAUCGAGCUAGCUAGCAUAACACCGAUGCAGGCAACAUAAUCAUGUGUCAAUUUGCCGAAUUUAUUUGUCAAUUUUUUUACAAAGAGAUUUCUAUGAACCCAAAAGAGAGCAACUGAAGGAAAACCAAAGAUAAUCCAAACCAAAAAGGCGAAACUAUAUGUCAAUAAAUAAUGAAUAACCGAUUUAUAUAUUUACACAAAAAAAGAAGAUAAACGAUAUACAAUACAUAUAUAAACACGGAAGAGGAUGUGGAGUAUACCCUAAACCUAAUCUAACCGAUAUGUAACCGAUUGGUAAAUGUGUCUAAAUAUCCCGAGUCGUCCCAGACAAUAAAUCAAUUUCAUAGCUGAAUUUCGUGUUGAAAGGUACUGUUAAUGGAAGCCUUUCUAUAAAUAAGAAAACGGCAAGCAAACAUUUUAUUAAUCCCAAGACAAAAAUGUAUGAUUGCCGCCAAAUAAAUAUACAAAUAUAUUUACAUAUAUCGAGAAAUUAAUAUAAAAAAAAAUAACAUACCUACCAUAUAGUAGAUCCAAAACUAUUAAGUGUUAAAAACUAGAACGGAAAAUAAUUUCUGUAGACACGAUCUAUGUAACUAAAACUAAACAAAAGGAAACUGCUGAUCUACAGCAUUUAAGGGGUGUUCCUGUUGCAGAAUCUUCUUCAGAGAGCUGGUCGUAUACCAAAGAAUCUACAUGGUAAACAGAGUGCAGUUGACAAUAAAGAUAACUACAAAUGCACAAUAAGCAAAAUGUUUGCAUCUAGUAUAUAAGUAAUGAAAAUAAUAACUAUAAUGCGUGGGUUUCAGCUUUAAAAACACGAAAGAACAAAGAGAAAUGUCACAAGGAACAGUACAGUACAGUACAGUACAGAAUAUAAAUGUAUAUGUUAUAUAAUAAUAUAGUAUGAUGAGCGAUAAUGAAGUAGUAAUCCAUAUAUGUGCUGCUUGUAUUAUUUACUAUUCACACUGUGAAUAUCAGAAUGUGUCUGUCUACAUUCUUCUCAAUAGAUAAUAGACAUACAAAAUAUAUAACUAAAUAUUUAGAGAUAUUUACACAUCGGCUCAACUUGUUUCGCACGUGCCCCAACCAAGAAUAUCACCAUGAUUGGUACUAUUUUCCCUACAUUUCCCUCACUCAUUCUAUACCCUGAACCUAUGCCACCUAUGCUUACCUUAGGCGUAGGGUAGCACCUAGUAGACAUGACAUACUAAGGUACAACUAUUUUGCUAACUGAAAAAGGAGAAACGAAAAGGAAGAAAAUGUAUGUAAAAUAUUCGUAACGUAACAAAAGACUCAAAAUUGGUUGUUUCAGCUGACAGAAUACACUAGAACACAUACUACACACCACACACAAAGUUGAGCUUUGAAAAAUGUACAGCUUUGGCCAGGAUUUCAAGUGCUUGAUUAUUAAAAAACCUAUGAUUUCUAACGUAUAACCGUUUACCGUUUACUAAUAGCUCUAGUUGGCCUGUAUACAUAUACAAAUAUAGCUAUAUAGCUAUACAUACAUUCAUAUACAUAUAUGUAUAUAUAUAUAUAUAUAUAUAUAUUAUAUACAUGCAUGUUUUGUACAAUCAGUUUACAAGUGAAAAAAAUGUAUUACUAGUUUUAAUGGGGGUUUAGUUUAAUGAAGCGCAUAUUACACAAGGCACAACAGCAUGUUUAAAAAGAACAUGCACACAGAAAGCGAAAAAAAAAAACACACAAAAAACAAAACCAAUAUGUAACUGAAAUAUAUACAAGAAAUAUACAUAUAACGGUAUAGAUAUAUUCUAUAUAUAUAUACAUAUUGUAGCUGUAGCUUUUAAGCAGAUGUGAUGGUGUCUAAAUAUAUACAUACAUACAUACAAACAUGCAUAUUAACAAGUGGAAAAGCUUAGUUUAUACACAAAAGAAUCUGUGGCUUUUGUAGAAUAAGCCGAGGAAAACCAACAGAUAAGAUAUAUCAAAGACAAUACAUAUAAAGAUAUACAUAUACGAGUAUUAUGCUUGUUUCGAUUUCGUGCAUUAUAUAUAUCCAUACAUAUAUAGAAAAAUAUGUGCAAUUUUUGUUUGACCUCUUUCCCUUCAGUUUCUCGAUCUGACUCAUAUUCAUUUUGCAGUUCUGAUCCAUCCGAUGUGAUGUGGAUGGAUCGUCCACUUCCAGAGCUAUUUUUAUACACCCAUGCUAGAGGCAUGCUCCAGGCUACUAUCAAAACGCUUAGCUUUAUGUACACUUAGUCUAAACGAAACAAAAAAUGAAUAGAAAAAUGAAUACGUCAAUAUGUUUAAAUGUAAAAAUGCUUAGCAUUGUCGUCAAGUGAAGUGUGAGUGAAAUAUGUUACAUGCGGGGGUCACCCGAUAGACAGGGGGCCCGGCAUGAAUUAGCAGAUUAGAUAAAUACUAAGUACAAUAUGCAUACAAUCACAAAACAAAGUCCCACGAAUAGGGAGCCCGCGCAAGCCCCAGCAUCCUAGUUGAAUAGCCGUGCUUGAAAGAUUCGGUUCUUUUCCGCAUGCUCCAUGACACUUAAAAAUUACAUAAACUAAAUAUAAAUUAUGAAGAAAACCGAUUAACCGAAAAAAACCAGAAAACUGUAGCGAAACUUGAAUGUAAAUGUAGCAAAAUUCCAAAAAUUAAGAAAAACCUGGAAGCUGAUUAACAAACUAGAUGAAUUUACAUGCGUCACGUCACGAAAAAGCAUACACAAGUAUCAGAAUAUCAGAAUAUACGAUUACGAGAAUAUACAAUACAUAUAUGUAUGUAUGUUUAAAGAGCAUAAUUCGAUUCGAGAUUGAGGAGAGAAGCAGGAAGCACUUGUUAUUUAUGCACAGAUGGAACUUUGUAAAGAAUUUACAAGAUCAAACAUUGACAAUAAAAUACAAACUGAAUUUUUUCCUUUGAGCUGGACAAGCGCAGCGCAUCGGAAGCAUUGAGAAUUUAUGAAAAGUUUUACAAUCCGUGAAAUUGUUGAACAUUUUUUUUGGACAAAAAUAGAGAUUAAUAACUUUGACUUUGACAAUGCGGCGGUCAUUUGGGACUGGCCAUACAAUAACUGGAAGAGUGCAGAAGGCCUAAAUAAAACUACAUAUAAUACACACAAACACGUAUAACCAACUAAAUGCUAAAAGCAAAAUGUCAUACAUAUAUACAUGAUAUAUACCU